CUUGAGAAGCAAAGACCAAGCCUGCAGUUGCUCAUCGGCUGCUUAGUUCGAGAGUGCAAUCUCUGUUUGUCUGUUCUUGAGCUUUCAUCUCGCUUUUUCUAUUGCCUUCUCUCUCUCUCUCUCUCUCUCUCGCUCUGUCUCUCGCUCCCUACUGUCGUAUCCUCACGUUUGGAUUCACCAGAGGAAUUAAAGAGCGCUCUCUUUCCCUGAUCCUCCUCAUCUGAGCACCAGCAGAGCAUUGAGGAACCAAUGGUCAUGGUGAAGGAGAAAGUGGCCCAUUCACAGGACCCUCACCACCCACCCGGAAAACUGGUCAUCCAGUGCUAUAAGUGUGGGGAGCCAUGCAAAGGGGAGGUUCUCCGCGUGCAAUCCAAGCACUUCCAUAUAAAAUGUUUCACAUGCAAAGUGUGCGGUUGCGAUCUGGCCCAAGGAGGGUUCUUCAUGAAAAACGGGGAAUACCUGUGCACGCUAGACUACCAGAGACUUCACGGCACACGCUGCAACGGCUGCGGAGACUUUGUGGAGGGAGAGGUGGUCACAGCCCUGGGGAAAACCUAUCACCCUGCAUGCUUCGUGUGUACCAUUUGCAGACGACCGUUUCCUGCUGGUGACCGAGUCACUUUUAAUGGAAAAGACUGUCUAUGCCAGAGUUGUGUCCAGCCAACAUCCCCAACCCCUAAAGACAUCAGCACCUCUAGCAACUGUGCAGGUUGUGGCAGGGAUAUAAAAAAUGGUCAAGCUCUUCUGGCCUUGGAUAGCCAGUGGCAUCUCGGCUGUUUCAAGUGCAAAGUCUGCGGAAAGGUGCUGAGUGGAGAGUACAUCAGCAAGGAUGGUGCUCCAUACUGUGAGAAAGACUACCAGAUCCAUUUUGGCGUCCAGUGUGAGGCCUGUCAUCAGUUUAUCACGGGAAAAGUUUUGGAGGCAGGAGAUAAGCACUACCAUCCCAGCUGUGCACGAUGCAGCAGGUGCCAUCAGAUGUUCACAGAGGGAGAGGAGAUGUACCUGCAAGGUUCAACAGUGUGGCAUCCAGACUGUAAGAACAGCAGUAGAGCGGAAGAAAAGUACAGACCCACAAGGUCUUCGUCUGAGAGUAUCUGUUCCAGACCUGGUUCCAGUAUCCCAGGAUCUCCAGGUCACCCAAUCUAUGCAAAAGUAGACAAUGAGAUUAUUGAUUACAAGGAUCUAGCAGCCAUUCCCAGAGUCAAGGCCAUUUAUGACAUAGAGCGUCCAGAUAUGAUAUCCUAUGAGACCCUCCAUUCCACCUCCUCUACCCUGGACAGACAAGGGAAGCACAGCCCAGGAGAGUCUCCGAGGACGCUGUCUCCCACCCCUUCUGCUGAGGGUUGCUAUGACAUGAGGGAACGCAUCAUCCAGCGGUCCACCAGUCAGGGCUCCAUCGGUUCUCCAGUCUAUCACCGCCAUAAUUACAUACCGUCCCUAUCCAAAUCUCCACAGCACUUUCACAGACCAGGAAUGCUGAAGCUCUCUUCUUCCUUGCGCUCCAGUCACAGCGAUACUCGCCCCACCUCCCCUUUCCGACAUCACUUUCUUCCCCACACCAAAGAUUCGUUCUGCAUAGGCACUGAGCCGUCCAGUGGCCGGAGUUCUCCCCUUUCCUCUCGGCCGGCCACCCCGACCCUCUCUCUGACCCCUAAACAUUUCCACAUCCCAGAUCAAGGCAUUAAUAUGUAUAGAAAACCACCAAUCUACAAACAGCAUGCUGCCCUGGCAGCCCAAAGCAAGUCUGCCGAUGACAUCAUCAAAUCAUCCAAGUUCCCUGCUGCCCACGCCCCUCGAGCGGACGAAACCCCAAAGAUUGAGACCGAAUACUGGCCGUGUCCUCCAUCCCUCGCUGCUUUAGGCUCAGAUGGGAGAAGUCGCUCACGAGAUGAGGAAGAGGAUGAACAUCAGAAACGCAGGCAGCUUCAAGAAGAACAUCUCAGCAAGAUCCAGUCUGGACUUGGGAAGCUGAUUCUGAAGGAGGAAAUGGAGAGGGAAAUGAACAGAGAGAAAUACCCACGCAGUAUCGUCGCCCAACGUUUUGACUCCCAAUAUGCAAACUGUAUCGCAGACUCUAAAACAUCAUCUCUGCCCGGAUAUGGACGCAAUGGCCUGCAUCGGCCACAAUCUACUGAGCUCUCGCAGUAUAACAGUUAUGGGGAUGUAUGUGGAGGACAAAGAGGUAAUGUGCCCACCCAAGAUGCCCAAGAUUCCAUAACACGAAUGGACAGGGGAAUAUCAAUGCCUAAUAUGUUGGAAUAUAAAGUGUACCCAUAUGAAAUGCUCACUGUCGCCAACAGAGGGCGUACUAAGCUACCGAAGGACGUGGACAGGUCGAGAUUGGAGCGUCACUUGGCUCCCGAGACGUUCUUUGACAUUUUCGGCAUGGGAAUCCACGAGUUCGACAGACUUCCUCUUUGGAAGCGCAAUGACAUGAAGAAGAAAGCGAAACUUUUCUAGAUGAUGUGCAUGUUUAAUUUAUCAGUCACUCAUGUAAUGUAUUAGAGCUUUAGUCCUCUGAUUGACAUUUCCUUGUUUAUUCCUUUGGUUUGUUUUAGUUCUUUGUUUGUUUGGUUUGCAUCCAACAAUUACACACAUAAACAUUCAGUUUCCCACUUUUUUUGUUUUCCCUGGAUCUAGAUAUUACAAUCGAGUCUUUGAUAUGAACAACAUGAGGUUUGAGUGUAGCGUGUGCUUGCACUCAUUAAACCCGCUUCCAGAGAUUUCUCCCUCGUGGCCCUCUUGUAAAACAAAACUGUAAUUUUUUUGGAUAGGGGACCGCGGGGCUGUCAGCAGGGAUCUCUCUCUAAACAGGCUGUUAAGGUGGUGAGGCUGGAGGAACCCCUGGUGACCCCUGCCGCUACAGACCUAACAAGAACUUUGAUGUUUGUUAAAGUGGGGAAAUGAGAGCUACUGAAGAUGAGAGGCUUGAGCUCCACCCGCGGAGCCAAGGUCCCCGGCUCAUCCGGGCCCCGGUUCUGGAAAACAUUAGAACGUGUUGAAACUGGCGUUCAUUCCCACCAGACCUCUCCUGCCUGGCCUGGUCUUCAAAAAACCAUGUUACCCUGAAAAGUAGAUAGCAUAUUUUCACCAUACAGCACCUGAUAUAGAUAAGUUUUUAUCCAAAAAUGUGUCUAAUACAUAGGCCGUGGUGGUUAUUUAAAAAAAUAAGCUUAUUUUUAUGGGACAUUUUACCACUAGAGGUCAGGCUCAAGUCAUACGUAUGAUUGCUCUUCUCUUGCACAGAGUCCUCUGAAUCAGACAGUCUGUUUAUUAUGAACACAGUUUUGUCCUUUCUGCGAUAUUUAAUAGCAUAUUGUUUUAAAUAAAGCUGAUUUUUAAAAGAAAAACGAAGAGGUGUUUCGAUACUGCCACCGUAUUGCCGUGAGAAUUGAUGGAGCAGCCAUAUAGCAUUCGUGCCUUUAGGGCCGUAUCUCAGUCGUUCAUUCAUAAUAUUGCUGCCGAAUAAUCCCAUGGACUCUGUUUCAGUUUGCAGAUGCAUUAUGGGAUGCCGUUGGCUAUUAUUCCCAACAGUUUCCUGUGUUACUAACAGGGUUAAUGAUGACAGAGAACUAGGACAUAUUACAGCAUUGUGCUUUUAUAGUAUCACGAACAUGCAACGAUGAUGAGUGUGAUUACUAGAAACAAACGUGUAUGUCACUUUAAAAGUAUACGAAGAGUUGGUUUUGAUAAAAUCACCCCUACUGUGUACCUCACCUUUUCUGUCUUUUUGAGGGAAAGGUUUGAUGAAAAGGGUGUAAAAGCUCUGCUGAGUAAUAAAAAUCUGCUUCAGAACCUA